UUUCUGUGUUUUUCUCCAGGCACGGAUCCACACCAGCCCUGAGCACRGCCUCCAGUAUGGGUGGCUGGCCUACAUGCUGGGAGAAAGGGCCAGCAAGAAGUUCAGACAGCACAGCAAGGUCUUCACAGUGGAGGGCAAUCUGUCUUCUGGGAAGGGCAAGCUGGCAAARCAAAUAGCAGAAAAGCUGGGAAUGAAACAUUUCCCUGAAGCGGGCAUCCAUUACCAGGACAGGAGCUCAGGGGAUGGGAGCCUGCUGCCUGAGAGGUUCAGUGGCUUCUGCAGCCUGGAGAAGUUCUACACAGACCCCAAGGCUCCUGAYGGGCACUCGUACCGCCUGCAGUCCUGGAUCUACGGGAACCGUGUCCUGCAGUAUGCUGACGCCCUGGAGCACCUGCUCAGUACAGGUCAAGGUGUGGUGCUGGAGCGCUCUCCCUACAGUGACUUCGUGUUCCUGGAUGCCAUGCUAAAGCAAGGAUAUGUCCACAAGAGAUGCCUUGAUCACUACAAGGAGGUCAAGGAGAUCAGCAUGGCUGAGCUGCUACCACCUCACUUGGUCAUUUAUGUGGACACACCUGUCCCAGAGGUGCAGAAGAGGAUUCAAGAGAAAGGCAAGCCAUAUGAGAGAAAGGUGUCUCCUUCCUAUCUCCAGAGCAUUGAGGAUGCCUACAAGAAUACCUUCCURCCAGAGAUCAGYGAGAGCAGUGAAGUUCUGCAGUACACAGCAACUGAAGCUGAGGAYGUGGAAAAGGUAAUUGAAGACAUUGAGUACCUGAAGUUUGACAAGGGGCCAUGGCUGGAGCAAGAUGAUGUUUCUUUCCAUCACUUGAGACUUUAUGUCCAGGACAAGGUUGGAGUGCUGGAUUCCGUGUCCAUCCCRAGGUUCCUUCCUGAGAUCACCAUCGGAGGCACCGAGUACGACAAGAUCUAUUACGAGUAUCGAGAGCUCCCUGGGCGCAAGUACAAGCCAGGCUACAACGCUGACGUGGGGGACAAGUGGAUCUGGCUGAAAUGAAGCCCUGGCCAGGAUGGACCACGGACCUGAGGGAAGAGGAGCCACGUUGAGGGCACCUGCUCCACAGGGGAAACUGCUGAAAUCAUCCCCCACCUCCAGCAGAAGGGAGUAGCCUCCCAGAAGGAAAACCACUUCAUGCUGGUUUGCUUUUCCCUGGAAGCUGGAUAGUGRGAUGGCCGAGUGAGCUGGGGCAGGCUUAACAUCAGAGCUGAACUUCCUCUUCCUCGAGACUGUGGCAUAUUUUUGUCCAGGAUUAUUGUUGUUCUGCUGAUUCAAGAGAAAUUAAACCUGUACUCCCCUGGCUCUCACAAAGUUAA